CGCUCCCAGUCACCCUUCACUGGUUCUUCUCCUUCAACCCAAAUAUUAGUAUAGAGAUUUAUCGAUCUCUGCACGAACUGUAAACCUAAGAGGCCACCUGCGCAUUAAUAAAUUGAAUCGAUGGCUCGAAAAGUGACGAAACUGAUGAGCAUCUUGUCAUCGCGGCUGUUGUGCCCAAAGCAGCUACAGCUGUACCGCAACUUUGGAUCGCCCCCACCUCCGCCUGCUGUAUUCGUGGACAAAAACACCCGGGUCAUCUGCCAAGGCAUCACCGGCAAGAAUGGCACUUUCCACACAGAACAGGCCAUCGAAUACGGCACCAAAAUGGUUGGAGGGGUUACCCCUGGAAAGGGUGGAACAGAACACUUGGGACUUCCUGUUUUCAACUCUGUAGCAGAGGCAAAAGCUGAAACAAAGGCUAAUGCUACUGUGAUUUAUGUUCCUCCGCCUUUUGCGGCUAAAGCUAUUAUGGAGGCAAUGGAAGCUGAGUUAGAUUUGGCUGUUUGCAUCACUGAGGGAAUCCCUCAGCAUGACAUGGUUCGUGUCAAGACUGCUCUUAACAAGCAAUCUAAAACUCGGCUCAUCGGUCCAAAUUGUCCUGGCAUUAUCAAGCCUGGGGAGUGUAAGAUUGGAAUUAUGCCUGGAUACAUCCACAAACCUGGACGUGUUGGAAUUGUCUCACGGUCUGGUACACUGACUUAUGAAGCGGUUUUUCAAACUACUGCUGUUGGCCUUGGACAGUCAACAUGUGUCGGAAUUGGUGGGGACCCUUUCAAUGGAACAAAUUUUGUUGAUUGCAUAGAAAAGUUUCUUGCUGAUCCACAGACAGAAGGUAUUGUUCUUAUUGGUGAGAUAGGUGGUACAGCAGAAGAGGAUGCUGCAUCCCUUAUAAAGGAAAGUGGGACGGAGAAGCCCAUUGUUGCUUUCAUUGCUGGACUUACUGCUCCACCUGGUCGACGGAUGGGUCAUGCAGGAGCAAUUGUAUCGGGAGGGAAGGGAACAGCACAAGACAAGAUCAAGACCCUCAGAGAAGCUGGGGUUACUGUGGUUGAGUCGCCUGCAAAGAUUGGAACCUCAAUGCUUGAUGUCUUCAAACAGAGGGGUCUUCUUGCUUGAUUAAGCUGAAUUUUGAUUUUUCAAGUUCAUCGUUUCUUUCCUUUUCUUGAAAAAGAGAGUGGCCAUUAUGAUGGAUGAUUUUGUUGUAAUGCAUUCAAUUCCAAGCCCCACAAAUAUUUUCUUUCAUGAGAGCAAUUUUCUAUCAUUUAUAGGUUUGAAUUUUGAGGAUAGUUAUUUGUACCGUUUGCCUCAGGUUUGUGCAUCAUUUAUAGCCAUUUGGCAUCUUUUAGCUCAAUGUCGAAGUUGAAAUGGGAAAAAUCAUUGCACUUA